CACCUAACGCUUCAACAAACAAAGGCGAUCUCCAAGUCAGAUCUUGCUCUAGGCUCUCAUGUCAACAAGGACGAUCUUCAAGGCCGCGAACGUGCGUGGACCACCACCGAUGUCCGUCCGAGAGUGGGGCCUACUGGUUCCUCUCGCCCUUCUACAGCAGGGGCGAAGCCAACUCAGAACAAGGAUGGGUUGACGAUCGAUAUCAUUCAGACCAUGCCCACUCCUACUGAUGGGCCUGUGACCCCACUACGGAAUCCUUCUCCCAUACCCCCAUCUCCUACAAGCGAUCGUCAGUCUUUGCAGAGUCGACGGAGGUGUGCCUCGAAUCCAUUGCGAAUUGACGCGAAGGGAGCUCAAGAAAAAGCACUUUCUAACGAUUCCUAUGAUGGCCACUCGAAAGAGAGCCCUAGCAUUGCUUCUCACUCCGACAAGCCCAGUCAACAAUCUCAUUCGCGUCCAAGAAAACCCUCGACACCUACGGGCGCAAAGGGAGAGCCUUCUUCCGUCCUCCUGCACCGAAUCACCACGACCCCUCCAAAUGUCGCUCCAGUAAUCAACCUAGUCGCUCCAUCCGGGACUCCAUUUACUCCUUUCCUUUCAGUAUCCUCUAAUGGAAACGAGGCACCAGAGAGCCCUAGUCCUACGCAUUCAAUGCCAGUUCCUAAUCUACCUUCAGCGGUCGAUCUUCACAAUAUGCAUCUCUUGCGUGCGAAAGAAGAGGCCAAGAAACUAUUAGAAGGGGAGGUGGAUGCAAGGCCUACGGGCACCUGGAAUGGCAGCCCUCCUGUCACGGCUGGGGAACGAAGACUUGGUAUUGGUUCGGGACGCCGUAACGACUUUGGUUAUGAUAGCGUCCGAAGCUUCAACGAAGAAAAGGGCGGUGAAAGGUUAUGGCAGCCCCCGACAACUGAGACUGGAAAAUCAACCAAGUCAAAGCUGGGUG